GUGGAGGAUCCCGCCUUGGCUGUGUUCACUUACAUGGGGCUGAGCCUCUCUCUGCUGUGCCUCCUCCUGGCGGCCCUCACCUUCCUGCUGUGCAAAGCCAUCCAGAACACCAGCACCUCACUCCACCUGCAGCUCUCUCUCUGCCUCUUCCUGGCCCACCUGCUCUUCCUCAUGGCCAUCGACAGAACAGAGAUCAAGGUGCUGUGCGCCAUCAUCGCGGGGACUUUACACUACCUCUACCUGGCCUCCUUCACCUGGAUGCUGCUGGAGGGCCUGAACCUCUUCCUCACUGCCCGCAACCUGACCGUGGUCAACUACUCCAGCGUGAGCAGAUUCAUGAAGAAGUUCAUGUUCCCUGUGGGGUACGGAGUCCCAGCUGUGAUCGUGGCCAUUUCUGCAGCAGCCAGACCUCACCUUUAUGGCACAUCCACCCG